AUGCCAUUUGACUCAAAUCCUAAUGCUUUACAGAAAUCCUUGUUGAAAAACAAUUCUGAUACAAGUAAAAAAAGAUCCAGAUCUACAAAAGGAUUUAAUAAUGACCAGCCAGCUAAAAAAACAAAGUUUCAAGAAAAUCUACCUUCUGAUCAAAAUUUUUCAGAUAAUGAAUCACACAUUGAAUUAGAUAAUGAUUUGGAUAUUUCAACUACAUCAUCGCACAGUGUAGAAACCGUCUUGGAAAUCAAAAAAUUGGAUGGUAAACAAACCCAACAAACUAUCACACCAAACCUUUUUAACUCAGAUAACAUUCAACCUAUAAUGGCUGAUACUUUUCAAGAAGAAUCAACCAGGAGUGCACACACUUCUGCUGGAAAGACAGUUGUUGCAGAAUAUGCUAUCGCACAAGCUUUGAAAAAUAAACAAAGAGUCAUUUACACCACUCCAAUAAAGGCUUUAAGCAAUCAAAAAUACAGAGAAUUAGAAAAUUCUUUUGGUGAUGUUGGAUUGAUAACUGGUGAUGUUACUAUUAAACCUGAUGCAAGUUGUUUAGUGAUGACUACAGAGUAUGGUAUUUUCAUGAUUGCAGAUGAAAAAGGAAAUUUUCACCAGGAAAAUUUUAAAAAAGUAAUAGUGAUGUUGGAUGUAGGUGCUAAUACUAAUGCUGAAUAUAUUGAUUAUAAAGGAAAGAAAAAAUCAUCACUACCACAAACAAUAAAAGGCCUGUCCAAUGUUUGCAAAAUAGUAAAUAUGAUUAUGCUAAAAAAAUAUGAUCCAGUGAUAUUUUUUACUUUUAGUAGAAAAGAAUAUGAAGAAAAGGAUUUAACACAACAAGUAUUUGACAAUGCACUUAAUUUAAUUCCUGAAGAUGAACAAAAUAUACCACAAAUUGAACACAUGUUACCAUUUUUAAGGUGUAGUGUUGCAAUUCACCAUUCAGGAUUAUUACUGUUUCUUAAAGAGGUUGUUGAAUUACUUUUCCAAGAAGGGUUAAUUAAAGUUCUUUUUGCGACCGAGACAUUCUCAAUGGGUCUUAAUAUGCCUGCUAAAACUGUUAUAUUAAAAACUGGUAGAAGAGGUCUUGAUACAAGAGGAAUUGUAAUAAUUAUAGCAAGAGAAAAAUUAGAACCAUCAGUUGUUAAAGGAAUGAUGAUGGGCGAACCUGAUAAUAUAUACUCUGCAUUUCAUUUGAAAUAUAAUAUGAUCUUAAAUAUGACAAGAGUUGAAGGAAUUAGUCCUGAUUAUAUUCUCCAGAGAAAACUUCAGAGACUAGAAAAAGAACAUAAAGAAAUUGAUAUACCUGAAGAAGAAGAAAUUAAAGAGUAUUACAAUAUUCGUUCACUAUUGGAUACAUAUACUCAUGAAAUAAGGAAGAUUAUAAACCAUCCACUUAAUAUUCUGAAAUACAUGAUAAAACAUGCAAAUGCAGAUUUUGGCUGGGUCCCACUGAUGAAACAAAAAAAAGAAUUAAAAUCAGUGGAGGAUAAAUCAGAUUUGAAUCAAGUAGUGAUUGAAAAUUUAAUAGAAAAUUCAAAUCAUCAAGAGCUUUUUUUACCUCCAGAUCAUUAUUUUGUUGAUGUAAUGUUAAAUUGUGAAUCUGAUGAAUCACAUGUUGCUAAACCAGCAGAUGAUAAAAUAAUUACUGCAAAACCUUACAGUGGAAAUGGUUUAGGAGAGAUGAUGGAUCUAACACACGAUGAUUGUAAAAAGACAGUAUAUAAUAGUAUAAUGGAUAUUAAAGAAAAAUUUGCUGAAGGAAUACCACUUUUAGAUCCAAUAGAGCAUAUGGGUAUUGAAGAAGAGAACUUUCAAAGACUAAUAAAAAAAAUUGAGGUUUUAGAAACAAAACUUGUGACCAAUAAACUCCACAAUACAGAAAAACUACCUAAGCUAUAUGAACUACGCUGUAAAAAGAAUGAGCUCAAACUUAAGAUAAAAUCGUUAAAAAAGACAAUUAAUAUUGCAGAAUCUAUUUUACAACUUGAUGAUCUCAGGUGCUGGGAUGAACUUGUAUUAACUGAAAUAUUGUUGAAUGGAUUUGUUAAAGAAGAAUUUUCUACAGUUUACAGUAAAUUACAAGAGGUUGCACAAAAUGUUGUUGCAGGAAAACCAUUUACACAAAUUAUAAAAAUGGGUGAUUCAAUUUUUGAAGGAGAAAUUGUUUGUACUUUUCAUUAUCUUGAUGAUUUAUUACGAGGAAUGAUUGCAGCAUCAAAGAGUAUCGGGAAUAAUGAAUUAGAAGAGAAAUUUAAAGAAGCCAUUGAAAAACAAGGCAUGCGAGUUCUACCUUCACCUUUGGUCGCUACAAGAGCUUUCAGCUCCAUCCAUUCAUGUCAAGCCAAGUCUAUGAAACAGCUUGAGGAGAGGAUCUCUUUAUUAUCAGAGAUUUACUCUCUUCUUACAAAAUUCAAAAUAAGAUCACAGGAAUGGCGUAAACUUACGGGAUCUGGAAAAGUUUGGGAGAAUUGUGGAUUCUUUUAUUUUCCUUGCUUAACAGGCUUUCGAAUGAAGCAUAUCAAAUUUUUGGAAGAAAUCGAUGCUUUCAAAGCCACCGUAAAAAUCUCUGCUGUGGAACUUUUACAAGAAUUAGGAAAGGAAGAAAAUGAAGAUAGGAAAGCAGAAAUAAUCCAUAAAUUAAGUGAUGAAUUAAAUAAAUUAGAUGUUGAAAUAAAUAGAUUAAGAUUAUGUGAUGGGUGUCAAAAGAAGAAUAUAUUAAAUCCAUUAUAUGAAUUACUCACCAAACUAAAUGAAUCAAAUGAAUCAAUUAUUUCAAACAAAUUACUUGACACAUUAAAAAUAAUAGAAGAUUGUACCAGUUGUACAAAAAGAUAUAAUUAUUAUUAUUUAUUUUAUGAAUCAUUAAAUGAACUAAAAAAGAUUUCAGAAGAAUUAGACAAGGAAGAAAAUGAAGAUAGGAAAGCAGAAAUAAUCCAUAAAUUAAGUGAUGAAUUAAAUAAAUUAGAUGUUAAAAUAAAUAGAUUAGGAUUAUGUUAUGGGUGUCAAAAGAAGAAUAUAUUAAAUCCAUUAUAUGAAUUACUCACCAAACUAAAUGAAUCAAAUGAAUCAAUUAUUUCAAACAAAUUACUUGACACAUUAAAAAUAAUAGAAGAUUGUACCAAAGAAUUAGACAAAAAAGAAAAUGAAGAUAGGAAAGCAGAAAUAUUCCAUAGAUUAAGUGAUGAAUUAAAUAAAUUAGAUGUUGAAAUAAUUGGAAUAACAUUAUGUUAUGGGUGUCAAAAGAAGAAUAUAUUAAAUCCAUUAUAUGAAUUACUCACCAAACUAAAUGAAUCAAAUGAAUCAAUUAUUUCAAACAAAUUACUUGAUACAUUAAAAAUAAUAGAAGAUUGUACCAGUUGUUCACAAAUACAUAAUUAUUAUUAUUUAUUUUAUGAAUCAUUAAAUGAAUUAAAAAAGAUUUCAGAAGAAUUAGACAAAGAAGAAAAUGAAGAUAGGAAAACAGAAAUAAUCCAUAAAUUAAGUGAUGAAUUAAAUAAAUUAGAUGUUGAAAUAAAUAAAACAGUAGUAUUAUUAUGUGAUGGUUGUCAAGAAAAAAAAAUUUUCGACUCAUUAAAUGAAUUACUCACCAAACUAAAUGAAUCAAAUGAAUCAAUUAAUUCAAAUCAAUUACUUGACACAUUAAAAGUAAUAGAAAAUUGUACCAGUUGUAAAAAAUAUAUACCAAGAAAUAAGUUUGAUUCAUUUUGUAAAUUAUUAAAUAAACUAAAAAAGAUUUCAGAAGAAUUAGACAAGGAAGAAAAUGAAGAUAGGAAAGCAGAAAUAAUCUAUCAAUUAGGUGAUGAAUUAAAUAAAUUAGAUGUUGAAAUAAUUGGAAUAAUGUUAUGUUAUGGGUGUCAAAAAAAGAAUAUAUUAAAUCCAUUAUAUGAAUUACUCACCAAACUAAAUGAAUCAAAUGAAUUAAUUAUUUCAAACAAAUUACUUGACAUAUUAAAAAUAAUAGAAGAUUGUACUAGUUGUUCACAAAGAUAUAAUAAUUAUUAUUUAUUUUAUGAAUCAUUAAAUGAACUAAAAAAAAUUUCAGAAGAAUUAGACAAAGAAGAAAAUGAAGAUAGGAAAGCAAAAAUAAUCCAUAAAUUAGGUAAUGAAUUAAAUAAAUUAGAUGUUAAAACAAAUAGAUUAAGAUUAUGUUAUGGGUGUCAAAAGAAGAAUAUAUUAAAUCCAUUAUAUGAAUUACUCAUCAAAUUAAAUGAGUCAAAUGAAUCAAUUAUUUCAAACAAAUUACUUGACACAUUAAAAAUAAUAGAAAAUUGUACCAGUUGUGCACAAAGAUAUAAUUAUUAUUAUUUAUUUUAUGAAUCAUUAAAUGAACUAAAAAAGAUUUCAGAAGAAUUAGAUAAGGAAGAAAAUGAAGAUAGGAAAGCAGAAAUAACCCAUAAAUUAAGUGAUGAAUCAAAUAAAUUAGAUGUUGAAAUAAAUAAAACAGUAUUAUGCGAUAAAAAUUGUACCAGUUGUAAAAAAUUUGUACCAAGAAAUAAGUUUGAUUCAUUUUGUAAAUUAUUAAGUAAACUAAAGAUUUCAGAAGAAUUAGGCAAGGAAGAAAAUGAAGAUAGGAAAGCAGAAAUAAUCUAUCAAUUAGAUGAUGAAUUAAAUAAAUUAGAUGUUAAAAUAAAUGGAAUAUUAUGUGAUGGGUGUCAAAAGGAGAAUAUAUUUGAUCCAUUAUUUGAAUUGCUCACCAAAUUAAAUGAAUCAAUUGCAUCAAUUAAUUCAAACAAAUUACUUGACACAUUAAAAAUAAUAAAAGAUUGUACUGGUUGUAAAGAAUGUGCACAAAAAAAUUAUUUUGAUUUAUUUUAUGAAUCAUUAAACAAACUAAAAAAGGACUUGGAAGAAUUAGACAAGGAAGAAAAUGAAGAUAGGGAAGCAGAAAUGAUUCAUAAAUUAAAUAAUGAAUUAAAUGAAUUAGAUGUUGAAAUAAAUAGAAUAGCAUUAUGUUAUGGGUGUCAAGAGAAAAAUAUAUUCAACCCAUUAUGUAAAUUACUCACCAAACUAAAUGAAUCAAAUGAACCAAUUAAUUCAAACAAAUUACUUGACACAUUAAAAAUAUUAAAAAAUUGUACUGGUUGUAAGAAAUAUGUACAAAAAAAUAAUUCUGAUUUAUUUUAUAAAUCAUUAAACAAAUUAAAAAAGAUUUCAGAAGAAUUAGACAAGGAAGAAAAUGAAGAUAGGAAAGCAGAAAUAAUCCAUAAAUUAAGUGAUGAAUUAAAUAAUAUACAUUACAAAAUAGAUGAAAGAGUAUUAUCAGAAACUAAUCGACAAAAAAUCAUCAAUUCAGAAAAAUACUUGUUAGAUACAAAAAAUCAUAAACACCACCCAGAAUCAUUCUAUACAAGCCGUCCACUAGAUGAAUCAAUUCAGGAAGCUGAACUGUUAAAUUGUUCAUCAACUAGAUCACAUCAAGAUAGUAAUCUUCCUAACUUAUUAAUCUCAAAAUAUAUCAGGUGA